AUGGGAGAGACCGUGUUUGGAUCACAUGGUCGCAAAUUGGGCCGUGGGAAAGGCUUGCUGUCAUCCGGGUACCGGAUCGCAGGUCGUUUUGCAGCCUCACAAAUGAUUCGACGAUUAGCGCUGGUGAUAGCCCACAAGGAAACAAAUACUGCUAGGAUUGUUGUGGAGGAACGUCCGGUCGGACACAGUACAGAAUAUAGGCGUGGACUCGUUAUGAUCAACCUGUAUACGCCCUUGCUUGAUGAAUCCCUCACGCAGUAUUCGACGGUUAGCGAUGGCCCACAAGUAAGUGAGGCUUAUUGGGUUGGAACGCCCGAGCCACGGAUGGAGGUCCAGGAUCGUGGCGAUAGGAUAGGGAGAUAUGCUCAAGUCGGACAUGAUACUGCCUCACGGAUAGGGCAUGUCGACCUUCCGACCUUUGUCGUGCACGUCGUAACCCACUCUCCUGACAUUGAAAUUAAUUGGAGGGCCAUUUGGAAGUUGGAAUGCCCAAGACGAUGGAAUGGAGGUACAUUCAUUGUUAUUUCGGCGUUGGCGUAUCACCGACACUUGCUCUCAAGAUGGACCUUUUCCCGUCUACAGUCUCAGUAUCCCUUGAAUCUGUAUGCUCUGAGCGGAUUGAAUUUGGAAGAUCUGCUCAAGGGCCUGGAGGUGUACUGGUGCACAUAUUGGGCCGACUGCGCCGUGCGCGCGCGCACCCCUCCGACAAAUCCCCAGGUACUUAUCAGCCUACCUCAAUUCAAGCUCCUUGCUGUAAUCUUUCGCUCUGACCAUCACCGUUGCAAGACCAGAAUGACUUUUCUUCUGAAAUGCCGAUGUGGGCGCCAUGUCGAGAAUGUAAUCUUUGUGCAAGAUACGGAGAGUCGGAGAGACCGCCAGCUCACGAGGCUGCACCCUCCGCUGUUCCUGAACAUAAGGUUUUUUAAAGCAUAUACCGGAGACUUCGAGAAGUCUGCUAACAACAUGGCAACAUCUCCGUGCAUUUUACGUUGUCAUCUAGGCGCGAAACUGUACCGUCUAUCGGAAUCACUUCUCUUUUUUUAUGGUGUCUCCGAUGUCGCCCCGCCCGAGCGCCCACCAUGCAUACACAAGUCUCGAGCGAUACGACCAGGGUCGGUCGAUAAUCAAAACCCAAUGACGGGCACAUCGGAUGAACCUCCCCACGUUCUUGUGUUAUAUCUUAUCGGUUAUUUCGCUUUGACUUCCAACUGUGGCGUUGCCUCGAAAACAACCUUCGACAACACGAAAUUAUGA